AAUGCAGCGGGGCCGCCACCCGGAAAAGCUUCUCCGUGGCUGUUUCCCGGUGAUGUCGGACGUGCCUGGCUCUGCAGCCUGCACAGUGAAGGUAGCGAUGCGCUGACCCCAAACUGCAUACACCGAGGAACCGAUGACCGGUACGGAGCUGGUCACGUGACCUGCCGAACAGCGCGGGAAAUCCGAUCCCGUUGGCGGGAGAAUGACCGGCUGAAGCCCUGAGAGGAAUUCGGUGUCCGCCAUGAACGUGCUGCGGCUGGUAUGUCGCCACAAAACGUCCCUGGGCCUGGUGGUGCUGGCCCUCUUCGGCAUGGUGCUGGUGUACCUGGCCAAAUGUACCUCAGAGAACAUGAAGCCCACGGGGCCCAAGGGUCUCCCCCACCAGCAGCAUACUCAGCAACACGCCAAUCACCGUCCGCCAUUCCCCCGGGGGUUCGGGGAGCCUCCACCUGAGAAGAGCGCCAGCGCCUUUCUGGCCGUGCUAAUCGCCAGCGGCCCCAAGUACACCGAGCGGCGGAGCAUUAUCCGCAGCACCUGGCUGUCAGCGGCCUCCCGCGGGGGCGGGGAGGAGGGCGGCGAGCUGUGGUGCCGCUUCGUCAUCGGGACGGCAGGGUUGGGGGAGGAUGAGUCCGCUUCGCUGGAAAUGGAGCAGCGUCGUCACAGCGACCUCCUGCUGCUGCCCGAGCUGAAGGACUCUUACGACAACCUGACCGCCAAACUGCUGCUUAUGUACGCGUGGCUGGACCGCCACGUCGACUACAAGUUUGUGCUGAAGGCAGAUGAUGACACGUUCGCCCGCUUGGACGUCUUGCUGGAGGAUCUGAGGGCCAAGGAGCCUCACCGCCUCUACUGGGGCUUCUUCUCGGGUCGCGGGAGGGUCAAGUCCGCCGGGAAGUGGAAGGAGAGCACCUGGGUGCUGUGCGACUAUUACCUGCCCUAUGCUUUGGGCGGGGGGUACGUCCUCUCCUGGGACUUGGUCCACUAUCUGACCAUCAACAAAGACUACUUUGCCCAUUGGCAGAGCGAGGAUGUGUCCCUGGGGGCCUGGCUGGCUCCCGUGGAUGUCAAGAGGGUCCACGAUGUCCGGUUUGACACCGAAUACAAGUCCAGAGGCUGCAAUAAUAAAUACAUCAUCACCCACAAGCAGAGCAUAGAAGAUAUGUUGGAGAAGCACCAAACUCUGGCCAAAGACGGCAAACUAUGCAAAGAGGAGGUCAAGCUGAGGUUAUCUUAUAUCUACGACUGGGGGGUGCCCCCAUCGCAGUGCUGCCAGCGCAAAGAUGGCAUCCCCUGAGGACAAUACCUGCUCUUCUCACCUGUUGUAGAUGGGCCAACUUUAUAGGGAAGAUGUAUAUGUUCCUUCCUCCUGUAUUUCAGACUUUGGCUGAUGACUGACUGAAAACCAAAGUCCCUCAGCAGCUUUAGCUCCCCUUCCUAUUGUUGUCAGAGGAAAAGGAUGAGAUGCCAGGAGCGGAUGUAAUGCUGCUUUUGUUGCUUCCAGAAGGUGGUCCAGUUUUUCUUCUGAUGCAAUAAAGAUUCAAAUAUUGCUGAAAA